CUGUGUUACGAGAUGGCAAUGGUGUUAGAGUUUUCCGUAAAAAUGUUCCUCCAAAAGAUAACCAACUUCGCGGAGAGAGAGAUAUGCAAAGUGCUAUGCGUGGGGGCGGAGGUCAAAACUCUGGAGAGAAGGUUGACGAGGAUCAAAGGCUUUCUUCGCACUGCAGAGCAAAGAAGGCAUGUAGAUCCGGACAUGGACACCUGGGUGAGGGAGUUGAAGGAUGUCAUGUACGACGCCGACGAUAUCAUCGAUCUUUGCAUCUUCGAAGGUGGCAGCUUGCUGAAGGUAAGCAAUCCUCCUUUCUUUAGACCUAUCAAACACCGCUAUGAAAUCAGUGGUAGAAUAAAAAGACUUAAUGAUAGACUGAAAGAGAUCACGGGAGAUAGAUCUAUAAUACCUGAUGGAGAGAUCGUCGAAAAAGCCCUCCCACUUCACCCAGUAAGAUCUCGUGAGACAUCUUCCAUAGAGGUUAAGGCAGGCAUCAUAGGAACCCAAAUCGAAGGCGCUGCCCAAAAUCUGAUCAACUCCAUAGUGGAGAUCAGUGAGAAGCCAAAGUGUGUUGUUUUUGGGAUUGUCGGGAUGGGUGGGAUUGGGAAGACCACUCUAGCGCGUAAAGUAUUCAAUGAUGAAAGGAUCAUACAAAACUAUCCGAUUCGAGUGUGGUUGUGUGUAACGAAGAACUAUUCAGAGACUGAUUUGCUCAAAGAAAUGAUUAGAAGCGUAGGAGGAAAUGUUGAAGGAGCUGAGAGUAGAGCGGAACUUGAACCUAAACUUGUUUCCCUCCUAUCGAGAAAUUUGCUUCUGGUAUUAGACGAUGUAUGGAGUGCAGACGUAUGGGAAGAUUUACUCAAGAACCCUUUGAUGCUUGGAGCAACCAGUAAUUGCAGGAUCGUAGUUACCACUAGAAACGAAAACGUGGCAAGAAAUAUGGGAGACAAUGUUCAUCAUGUUGAGAAAAUGGAUGAAGAGUGUGGCUGGGAAUUGCUGUGGAAGACGGUUUGGGAUAAUAGAGAGAAGGGCGAUAUUUCUAGAUUCAAGGAAAUUGGAACUAAAAUGGUUCAAAAAUGUGAUGGACUUCCUCUCGCAAUCAAGGUUCUUGCGGGGGUUUUAAGAUUCAGGAGAAGUACGAUGGAGUGGGAAACGGUUCUCAGAAGUGAUCUAUGGAGGAUGAAGAAGCUCGAUGAGAAAGUACCGGGGGUUUUGUACUUGAGUUAUGAAGAUUUACCUUCUCAUCUUAAGCAGUGCUUUCUGCAUUGCUCUUUGUUUCCCGACAAGGCUGAUAUGUACCGUAAGGAUCUUAUCCGGCUUUGGGUGGAUGAAGGUAUCACAGAGGUGAACGGAGAUCUAACGAUGGAAGAGAAAGCCGAGGGUUAUUACGAGGACCUGAUCUGGCGAAACCUACUGCAGGUGGAUCGUACAUUUGUAGACGGCAGCAGAUGCACUAUGCAUGAUCUUUUGAGAUAUCUUGCUCAGUCCUUGAUCCAAGGAGAGGGCGUCUAUGUCAGUGAUCUCCAAUCAUUGAAUACGGACCCAUUAACUAAGCUUCGUCGAUUGUCAACGUCAAACAUUGGGGAGAGAAUACAGCUCCCCGACAGAAUCGUUGAAGAGAAGUGUUUAAGAUCUUUGCUCAUCUUUGAUAGCCCUCGUGCCCGAACAAUUGGAGCUGAUCUGUUUAAAAGGCUAAGGAACCUGAGAGUCCUGCUUCUGAACGACACAUCCAUCGAGAGUCUUCCCAAGUCCAUCGGAAAACUAUCACAUCUUAGGCACUUGGAUCUUGAUCGAACAAAGAUACGGGAGAUCCCCGAGUCCGUGGGGGGCCUUCGGAAUCUGCAAACUUUGAGCGUCUCGGGCUGCAAAUCCAUGAGGAAACUUCCGAAGACCAUCACGAAGCUGUACAAUCUGCAAUGUCUUCGAUUGCAGGACACUCCAUUAACAUCCUUGCCAAAGGGAAUGGGGUCACUCACAAAUCUCAGCGAGCUUGACGCGUUCAUCGUCAGCGAUGAUGGUGACUUGAAGGAGCUGCAACCUUUGUCCAAGCUGAGGUCUCUGAGCGUAUACAGGUUGGAUAGGGCAAUAACAAAUGGAGGUUCGGUGCUGGAGGACAAACCUUUUCUUAGACAACUAUAUCUCUUCUGGGAGAGUACAGAUGAAGAAAAAUAUUCUGGUUCAUCAAGACUGCAGGAUCCUUCUACUGCUGAGAAGAUUUGCAGUCAACUCUGUCCCCCAUCAAACCUGCAGUAUCUUUUUAUCAAAUGCUAUUCUGGUCUCCGUUUUCCGGGAUGGUUCCGGUCAACUUCUCUGGACACUGCUUUCCCCUGUCUGUCAUACUUGAGCCUGCAUGAUCUUCCAUCGUGCUGCGAGCUUCCUCCACUGGGCCUGCUUCCGGAGCUAAAGUUCCUAUCCAUUAACGGGGCAAAUGCAAUCAUAACCAUUGGUGCUGAAUUCCUCGGCGAUCGCCGGAGUUUACAAGGAUUUCGGCCAUUUCCCAAGCUUGAGGUAAUGCAAUUCAUAAACAUGCCCAACUGGACACAAUGGUUGACACCAGCGACAUCAGUGCAAGUGAAAUGGAAGCGAAUGGCAAUUCAUAAACAUGCCCAACUGGACACAAUGCUAUGUGGAGAGCCAGUCUACGGACCAAACCGAAACCUACGUCCAGAUCCUUGGAAUACAGGAUGUAUGCCAUGUUCGGUCGGGAGUCGACGCUUUCGUUUUACCAACUCCGACCUGUCACGUCAACAAAAUCCUGUCAGGCUUCCGAGGCAGCCACGAUCUGAGCUAGAUCUGGUCGGGAGUCGAGACAUUCAUUUUACCAACUCCGACCUGUCACGUCAUCAAAAUCCUGUCAGCCUUCCGACAACCGAGUCCGCCGCUGAUGAAAGCAGACCCAGCAGCCAUCGUAAGCUGCUCCCUAAUCUGAAGGAGCUCUGGCUCGUCGACUGUCCCAAGCUGGGAGCUCUUCCGGGAGGCCUUUGCCCGACCAACUUGAAAUUACUCUACAAGGAGCGCACUCACAGCAUCGUAGAAAUCAAGAACCUCGACUUUUUGACUGACAACCUCACUCUCAAGCAUAACCACAGCUUGCGGCGUAUAUCAAAUCUCCCCUCGCUGAAGCAUCUGCAAGUGGAUGACUGCCCGAGCUUGGAGUACGUGGGAGAUCUGGCUGGCCUGCAACACCUGGAAUUGUCUUGUCCACCACCAGCGGAGUGCCUGCCGCCAUGGCUGUCGGAUCUCGUGGAGCAGCAGCAAAGUUUCAGAAAGCUUGAGCUGCAGUGCAGCUUGCCAUUGUUGAAGAGGUGUCUCGUGGGCGAGGUCAACUGGGAGAUCAUCCGCCAAAUACCGGAGGUCAGGAUUCGGGCCACCGAUGCCAACGAGUUCAUUUGGUAUAACAAGGAUCCAUACAUGUACGACACCAACGUAGGUUCAGCAUGAGCAGAGUUGGCGUCUCUGAUUACUCGGAAGUCUUGUGCUUGGUCUAUCAGACAAAUUAGUCGUCGUCGUCGUCUGUGUAAGGUGUGUCAUACUACUCUUUCCUCUGUUCGUACUGGCUUGUUUGCAUUUUAUUUUUGCUUCACAUAUAUGGUCUCAACUUCUCUUUUGCAGGAUCGAUCAGAAGUCUCUUUGAUUGGUGUCACUUCCCUUACCAUUUGUGUUUGAAGCAAUUUGGCAGUUUGAAAGCGAUGUGCUUUUUCUUCUUUUUCCUUUUAACUUAAACGUGUGCUUGGAUCAUAAUUUCUAUUUGCUUUCAUUGUAAGAAAAAGAAAAGCUAUUAUCUACGAAGACAUCUCUUUGUAUCACUUUGUACUAACUGAAGUUUUCAUCUUGAUCUU